CGUGGUGGGUUUGGCGAGGUGAUCAAGGCGCGUCACAAAUUAAUUGGAAAACAAUAUGCCAUUAAAACAGUGGAACUUGAUAAAAAUGCAAGCGUUAAAUGGCACAGGGAGAUACAGGUAUGGGUGAAGUUACAAUCCGAAUAUAUUGUACAAUAUCGUACACAUUGGCUGCAAAAACGCGCAACCAAUAAAGGCCUGCGCAAAUUUUUGUAUUUACAAAUGGACAUGUGCCCUUAUAGCCUCAUAAAAUUAAACAAUGCUAAAAUGGUAUAUUACUACCCUGAUAUAUGCACAUCGGUUAUUUAUGAAUUUAACCACUGGAUGUGCACAGAGAUUAUGGUAGGUGUAAAAUAUUUGCACAAUAACGGCAUUUUGCACCGUGACCUAAAACCAGGCAAUAUAUUGGUGGCGAAUACUGUCGACCAUGUCCGAAUUAAAAUUUGCGAUUUUGGCCUAGCUGCUUACCAUAAUAAAGGCCCGUUUAAUAUACACAGCCAACAUUUGGGCACACCUAUGUUUGAAGCGCCAGAGAUGUUUCGCUUUGCAACCUAUGAUUUUAAGGUCGAUAUUUAUGCCAUCGGGCCGAUGAAUUUAGACCCUGACCAUGGUGCAAUGAAAGUGUUCAUUAGACAGUUAAGUGACAGGUACUCCGACGAACGGCCUAAUUCGGACGAAGCUUUAAAAAUAUUAUCCACACUAAAACCAAAGAAUGGUCAGCUCGAUAUGGCUGAGAUUAAAAUUAGGAUUAUACAAUUUGAAACAAAAAUGGAUAAAUCUGUAGAAGGAGCAUUUAAGAAAAAGUUGAAAGAGAUAUGUAGAUGGGCUAAAUUGGACAUGGAUCAUUUUGUACAAUACAGAAAUCAUUGGUUUAGCUAUAAAUCGAGCGACCUGCCAGCCCCUUUGAAUAUAAUCUACCCUGGCGAGAAAAUUUAUACGCUUACUGUAUAAAUGGAUUUAUGUUGGUUCAAUAUAGUUGAUGCAAUAGAGCGUGUGUUGGAAUAUGUCAAUAACUGUAUUGCAAGCACCC